CACAUACAAUCGUAUAUAUAUGUAUAUUGAGAUAUAUACGGAAAAGUUUCAGUUUCAGUUCAGAGAGUACAUCAAAAAACUACAUGCUGUCGCUGUCAUUGCCACCUCCUCACCUCCUCCUCAUUCCCCAUCUCCGAGUGCUGCUUCUAUAAAAAGAGUUGGUUUCGUUGGGGCACAGGACGUCGCAAUCAACAGUCAACAGCCAGCAAAAUGUUGCAACAAUUUAUUGAUUUAACAAAAAAAGAGGAUGGAGAGGUGGGUGGGGGGAAGGGAGAAAGGAAAUGGCAUCGACAAAGCCAUUGCCAUGGCUAUGUUGAUAUUAAAGUUGUUGUUGCCGUGGCAAAUGGGAUUGAGAAUAUCGGAAUCAAAGCUCAGUCCGGCUCAGUUCGAGGCAUGUGGUCAAAACCAAUAAAGCUGGCAAAUUGGCCAAAUGUGUAUAUACGACCAAGCGGAGGCAAAAGCAACAUGUCCAAAAAUAUAAACAACAAUCAACAUGGAGCAACACAUGGAUAACAAUAAAAUUGCAAACCAAUUGCCAUCGUCGUCGUCCUCCAUGUGGCGCAACUUUGAGGCGCGCGUUUUAAAGUCGACGGUGAACAGCGUCUGCCUCGACUGGACACAACAUGACAAUGCCCGUGUCUACAGCAUUGAGAAGUAUCACAAACGUUACGACUGGCAGCAGGUGGCCUGGACAAGCACAAGUCCACACACCAUCGACAAAUUGGAGGAGAAUUUCGGCUAUCGACUGCGCAUCAAGGCGCUCCAAUUGGUCGAGGGAGAAGGAGAGAAAGAGGGAGAGAAUUGCAGCCACUAUGAGAUACUCGCCAUUUCACCGGAUGUCAUUGCCUGCACAGAAGCUGCGCCGCCCUCGACAAACUGUUUGCAUCGCGCCAUCCGCAAAUCGCAGCAAUUUCUGGUGAAGCGCAUGUUGCGUCGUCGGCCAAGUCUGGUCGAUUAUCCCGGUCCGAAUGGCUUUCUACCGCUGGCCAAUGCAAUUAUUCAGGGCGAGAUGUGUAUUAUCGAUGUGCUGCUCUCAUCCGGCUGCAGUGUUCACCUCGGGAAUCCACAAAACGGACGCACGCCGUUGCAUCUGGCCUUCUACCAUGGUCAUCUGCCCUCGGCGCGGAUACUGUUGAAUAAAAAGGCACAGCUGGAGGCGGUUGACUGCAAUGGCAUGACACCAGCGCACUGUGCCGUUGAUGCCAAUCAGCUGGAAAUGGUGAAAUUUGCACUCGAAUCGGGCGCAAAUUUGGAGGCCAGAGAUGCCUGUGAGUGGACGCUACUGAUGCGUGCAGUGGUGAUGGAUGCAAGCCUGGAGCUUAUCAAGUUGCUGGUGACGCACGGCGCCAACUUGUUGGCCGUAGAUGGCCUGGGCAAAAGCUGCAGCGAUUUGGCCAAACUUUAUCGCCGACAGCAGGCUGGGGAUUAUUUCGACAAGGUGCACACGUUUCGACUGGAAAAGGCAGCAAAGGCAGCAGCACUAAAUGCGGCAAAACAGGCAACCACAAAGGGAUUAAGUGCAGCGGUCGACGUAAUAGGAUAGAAAAGAGCUACACCAAACUAAUGAGAAUGUAGUCUGCGUU